AUGGGGUGGGAUCAAGACGUCCUCAGGGCCCAAUUCUGCCAUGCACUUUCUGAAAUGUACAAGAGCGAGGUCCCCCUCUACGGGGAUCUAGUGGAUCUUGUCUGGAAGGCAGAUGCCGAAGCAAUCAACGCCCGCCACGAACAAGGAACCGAGGUGUUUGAUCCGGAUGAGAUACUGCCGUCGCGAAACCGAGUCGAAAGACAUGGGGCUAUCCGGCUGGGUACCGCAUACGAGCUCUCGACUAUUCGACGGAUGUUUGCAAUCAUGGGCAUGUUCCCUGUGGGAUAUUACGAUCUGAGUGCUGCCGGAUUCCCAAUGCAUGCUACUGCGUUUCGUCCCUGGACAAAGGAAGCAUUAUCCAGACAUCCGUUUCGGGUGUUCACGACGGUUCUACGUAUGGAGUUGUUGACGGAGAAGACCCAAGAGUUGGCACAAAGAGCUCUACGACAAAGGAAUAUUUUUACAGAUCGGCUAGUCGCUCUUAUUGAGUUGGCCGAAAAGCAAGGUCAGCUUAGUUCGACGGAGUGCAAAGAGUUUAUUGUGGAAGGGCUGGAGACGUUCCGGUGGCAUUCCAGGGCGACUGUGACGAUGGAGGAAUAUCAGAUUCUAAAGGCUGAGCAUCCACUGAUUGCGGAUGUUGUUUCCUUUCCCAGUUGCCAUAUUAACCAUCUCACACCGCGGACGGUCGAUAUCGAUCUAGUGCAGAAAAUGAUGCAGGACCAUGGCAUGCCGGCAAAGGAACGGAUUGAAGGUCCCCCACGACGGCAAUGCCCGAUCUUGCUCCGUCAGACUAGCUUCAAAGCAUUGGAGGAAACUGUUUACUUCCGAGAAGCCCAUGAUGCUUAUGUGAAAGGUUCACACACGGCUCGGUUUGGAGAGGUUGAGCAGCGCGGAUACGCAUUGACGCGGAAGGGUCGCCAACUCUAUGACAGAAUUUUGUCACGGGUCAAUAUUGAGUCAACUGAGAGAGAUAUCGGUAUUUCUGAAUAUGAAAGCCUCCUGGUGCAACAUUUUAAGGAUUUCCCGGACGAUAUGGCUCAGUUGCAGUCUCAGCAACUGGCGUACUUUUGUUACCAUUUAUCGCCACACGGUCAAAAGCCCCCGGGGCUCGAUCUGCAAGGGGGUGAUAUGACCUUGCAACAGCUACUGGAGAAUAGUAUCAUCGAGUAUGAGCCUAUCACAUAUGAGGACUUUCUACCCUUGUCAGCCGGGGGUAUCUUCAAUUCAAACUUAGGAAACACGUCCCAAUCAAAACAGCUGGUCAUGGAAGCUGAAGCGGACCUGGAUGGAUUUCAGCGUAUGCUGGGGACGUCUAUAAUGGAUGAGUUCCAUCUCUAUGCACAAAUACAACAAAACAGCUUGGAGAACUGUCGGAGGCAACUGGGAUUGAAUGUGAUUCUAGAGUAA